AUGGUCUUCUCAUUUACCCUACCAACAACCUCACACGCCCAGUUCCAGUCAUUCCUUCAUUCAAAUACCCAUCCCUCUUUACCCCAAGCAGGUUCUACAGCUCGCCACGGCUUACGUGCAGCUCUAAAGAAGCAUAAACGUCUUACCCCUUCUCAGCGAGCUGCUCAUCUUCCACAUGUCCUGAUAGCACUGAAUGAGUAUAUCCCGUACCUCUUUGCGAUAUCGCGUGGUUUGAGCUCUAGCUCAUGGCAAGAUGAAGGAGGAGGAGAAGAAGCUGGGAAGCAGUGGAAUGAUGUCGAAGAGGUCGAUAUAUUACUUCGAUCCGAGAUAGAGGUUGAAUGGCGCCCGACUUUGAGCUCAAUGUCGACAAUGCGGUUUUUACGUCAGAAUGCCAUGCGAGGUCAUGAUUCUUCGUCUCUAUCAUCCUCGUCGUCACGGGUAAAGGGCCGUGGGCUGGAUUUUGAGAUUGCCUUUGUCUUAUCAACCUUGGCCUACGUUCUCUCAUCCCUUGCACGGGUAAAAUAUCUUACCAUGUUAUACUCGGUCACUACUCCUACGGUUGAGCAAAAGGUGGCGGCCAUUCAGACUGCGACCAAGAAUCUGCUGCAGGCAAGCAGUAUACAUUCUUACCUCGCCACAUUUUCCCCAGCAUCUAUUUCAGCUCCUUCAAAUACCUAUACACCGGGCGGUUCUGGAGCUAAGAUGAUUCAAAUACCCGUUCCUGACCUGGAUCCAUCCACGCAGUCCGCUUUAUCCUCCCUUGCCUUGGCCGAGGCGACAUUGUUAGCUGUGUUAAAGGAUGAUGCCUACAUGUCGGCUUGUAUCCAGUCAAGGAACAAGCAUGACACAGAAUGGAUGGUCAAGGCGCCUGAUAUCCCGAAAGUGAGGACACUACUCUUUGCGCGGCUCUGCGUUCGAGCUGCAGAGUAUGCGGAGCAGGCUGCAGCUAGUGUAGGAAUGGUGCAGAAAGGAAAUGCUUCUGCUGUAAGUUCGGGCGAUUCUACCCUCGAGAGAAAAGUAGAUGAUGAUCUGGUAAACUAUAUGUCUAUCCUGGCAAGGGUAUCAAGAGCAAAGGCCUGCCGCUUCUUCGGGAUUGAUGCCGAGAUGGCUGGGAAGGUCGGGGAAGGGAUUGCGUGGUUAAGGGCAGCUCGGGCAGUGCUCGGGUUCAAAGGCUCAACUGCAGAAACUGGCGCUGAAGGGCCCUCAAAGAGUAAAUUAGGCGGAUUCUCUAGGUUGAAAAAGGAGUGGUCAGAGAGAAGGGAAGAAAAGAAGAUCGAGAAAGAGGCGAUGUCAUCGUCCAAAGGUGGCGACCUGGAGACUGAUAUCGACUACGGUGAUGAUGCCGGAAGAGACGAGGAAGGGCGAGUGAUUGAUAUGCUUGAGAAGAAAUGGGUGAGGAUGAACGACACGAUAAUGACACAGCUCAUCCCGUCUUCGGCGUCAUAUAUUUCCAAUUUACCCUUAGGGAGAGAUAUACAUGCACAGCCGGCGCUCUAUGCACCGCCAACGUUAGACCCUGGACAGCUGGAGCGGCUGCGGGCGCCUCUUGACCCUACUGACGACGAUGCAGAAGUAGAAAGCAGCGAGGAUGAAGAAGAAAAUGAUACUAAAAGGAGCUAUUAUUAA